AAAGAGAUAAUCGUUAUCCUCGUCUUAUCGCCUUGAGACGAACAGAGAUAUGAAGUGUUAGCAAGCGGGAGUUACUUGCAGAGUCUGAAAUAAAAUGGCGACCAUGAUGACUUCUCUUCAGAGCUCGUUUACAUCUCUUUCGAUAUCCUCCAACUCCUCCUUCCUCGGCCAGCGUCUCCUUUCCCCGAUUUCCCUCUCCGCCGCUUCUCCGGUCAAGCCCACCGGAAACCCAUGUCUUGUUUUUGCUAAGCUUAAGCGUUGGGAACGGAAGAAAUGCAAACCAAACAGUCUUCCAAUUCUGCACAAAAUGCAUGUCAAGUUUGGUGAUACUGUCAAAGUUAUAUCUGGACGAGACAAGGGCAAAAUUGGAGAAGUCACUAAGAUCUUUACCCACAACAGCACCAUUGUCAUCAAAGAUGUCAACCUCAAGACCAAACACAUGAAGAGCCGUGAAGAGGGUGAGCCUGGCCAAAUUCUCAAGAUUGAAGCACCGAUUCACAGCUCAAAUGUGAUGCUGUAUUCGAAAGAAAAGGAGGUGGUUAGCCGGGUGGGUCACAAGGUCCUCGAGGAUGGACAGAAGGUGAGGUAUCUGAUCAAAACUGGGGAACUUAUAGACACCGUUGAGAAGUGGAAGCAACUUAAGGAGGCCAAGGAUAAAGAAACAUCCCAAGUUGCAGCUGCCUCAGCAUCUUAGCAUCUCUCCCUUAUUUCUUCUUCAUUGCACUUUUGAUUUGUAGACUAAUGGACCUAUGUAUUUGAUGGAUAUAUUGAAUCCCUUUUAAGUUAAAAAGUGUAAAAAUCGUACCAGAUAAAACACUUUCUUCACUUACAAAGCUUAAAGCUACGAAA